UUGCAUGGAAGACGAGACGUUUGGUGGUGGGUCGGCAUGGCAAUGGCAGUUGUGUUCGCUUUUCUCGCUUUUGCUUCAGUUUCACCCAUUUUCGCCCAGCAACCGGUGAAGGAGGCUGAUGCGGCCAUUGGUGAUGGCGAGUUUCGGAUGAUCGUGGAUGCAAGUACAUGUCAUGAUCCGACGAAGUCCGAAGUAGAUCAGUGGCUGGCUGGGGGUGAGCCAAACCAAGCACCGAUUGGCAGCUUGGAAAACCCAUUCAAACAAAUCCAGACGUGUGUGAAUGUUCAACAUCAACUCUGCCUGCAAUGGUCCUUAUCAAGGUCAACUGGAGGUAGGUUUGGAACCGGCCCACCUACCGAUGAUGAUAGCAACGGUGAUGGCGGACAUGGAUGGCAGACUGAUGGCUGGCAACAAAGUCAUCACAUCUGUGCCGUGCGCACUGGAACAUACCGGGAAAGUGUGAGUGUGAGUGACUGGCCAGAACAGUGUUCGUUACGAGUAGAGGCUUACAACAAUGAACUGGUAACGACGGUGUUGGUGAAGGGAACGGCCGAUAUCUCCAACCUAACCUGGCAGCCGUACAAAGGCAGCAUCAUGAUGGCCAGCUUACCUGACGAGUUCAUCGCUCAGCAUCCAGAACCGUUCCAGCAAAUUUUCCACAAUGAAGUGAUGAUGAUGGAAGCGAGGUGGCCAAAUGCCAAGCUGGAAGACAUGUUGUCACCAACGGCCUGGUCCAGAACGGAGAAGGGCAGCGUGUACGGAAGAAUUGAGGAUAAAGACCUUUACGCAGCCGGUGUUGACUGGACCGGUGCCCUAGCCACACUGAACGUUGCCCACCAGUUCUACACCUGGACACGCUACGUGCAGUCGUACAGCCACGGCACCGCCGCCGAGAGCGCGUCGUUCACUUACCCGCGUGACCUGCCGGGCAUCACGUCCUGGGCCACGCGCGCCAACACCACCGCCGCCUGGACUGGACACCAGUACUUUCUCAGUGGCAAACUGGAUGCACUGGACAGGUUCUCCAAGUGCUGGUGGUGGACACAUGCUGGCUUGGCACGCUGAUCUACACGCCGGUCAGCAUGUCCGGUUCGGACAACAUGAUCACGUACAGCACGGCGGCAUACUUUGGCAAUGCUGGCAUCACCACGCGUGGACCGAAUGAGAUCGUUGCCUAUUGCCAAGUGCACAACGGCGGCCUGAUUGGUCUGGACACGGCCGGAAUCUACACGGGCAGUCCCACCGACCAUGGCGCACAGUACCAUCACAACUGGGUGCGCGACAUGCGCGAGAAGUGCAUCCGCGGUGACGACCUGUCCGCCAACAUGACCGUACACCACAACGUGAUGGCCAACUGUGGCGAGCCCAACGGCGACGUUCGCAGAGACGGCAUAGGCCUGGUGGUCAAGGGUCUUGGUCAUGUGAUCUACGCCAAUACGAUGAUCAACUGCCAGCGUGUGUCGCGCUGCAUGCCGGCGUGUGGAUCGCCGUACAAACCUUGGGACUGCCAUGGCAACACGUGUCCAUUGCUGAUCAUCAAGCAAAACGUGGACACGCUGUACUUCAACAAUGCCCAGCAUAAUCAGACUGGCCAGAUGUGCGGCUGCGGUGCAACGGGUGAUGCGACGUAUGCUGGCGGCAUUGCUUCGGGCAUCUUCAACGGAACAGAGGCGGAUAUGAAACUGGCGAACCCGCGUGAAAUGGACUAUACUCCGACCCAGACGUCACCGCUAGUGGACCGCGGCGUCAUCAAGCCACCCUAUACAAACGUGUACGUCGGAAAGGCGCCGGACAUCGGGGCAUACGAGUAUGGUGGCGAGGUGUGGAAACCCGGCUGUGCAAUCCACAAAGAUUGCUGAUGCACUAAACAAUCAUAGAUCAUGGCAUGGUUCCUUGAAACAGGUAUUCUCAUUCUAAAUACAAGGAUAAACCUACUUUUCCCAUGAACCUUCCAAGUUGGAAGGCUGUUGGUUUACGCACUGGAUAUGUGUCAGAGCUAGGUGCCAGGUCUUUGUCUCAGUAAUCUGUCAGUGUUGUGCCUGGCUAUCACACUUUCUGACUGCUUACUAUCUAAUUAUACGGUGGUGGACAGUUACACAUAACUCGUAUCCAUGUGUGCUUUUAUAUUUAAAAAGAAAGGACCAAAAUGUUGCAUGUUAUCCGUAGGUUGUGUCCAACACUAACAGCUAUAAGUUAUUAGUGUUGGAUAUAACCUACGCCUAACAUGUAACAUUGAUUUUGCUCCUUUCUUUUUAAAUUUAAUCCUUGGCUCUCCAUCUGAAUCUUGCUUUUAUAUAUUACAUCAUUAAAAUUAAUAAUAAAUGUUAUUGGCUGAAUAUCUGAGAUGAAUUUUGUUAUUCUUCAAAAGUGCACGCUGUUCUCCAUGUGCUGGCUGGUGCCCACGUACCCGGUGUCAUGUCCAUCGGUUCACUGACAGCUCAGAAGUACAGAUCAGUGUGGCUUGCUUUAUAGCCGCUUCAUCGCUA